UAGACCGUAGCUCUCGAGCAGUCGAGCCUUCCGUUUCCUCGCGUCUCAGCGGCGGCGGCGGCGGCCGCCAUGGACGACGACGACGAGUGCCCUCCCCUCGCCGUCGAUCUCUCGCCGGAGACGUCGCGUGAUCCUCCGCCGCCCGGUCCCUCUGCCGCGUCGCCUGUCGGAGUCACCGUCAUCACCGGCUACCUCGGCGCCGGCAAGUCCACGUUAGUCAACUACAUUCUGAGUGCGCAACAUGGGAAGAGAAUUGCAGUGAUAUUGAAUGAGUUUGGAGAGGAAGUCGGAGUUGAAAGGGCAAUGAUCAAUGAGGGGCAAGGUGGUGCACUUGUUGAAGAGUGGGUGGAGCUGGCAAAUGGAUGUGUUUGUUGCACGGUGAAACACAGCCUGGUUCAAGCACUUGAGCAGCUUGUGCAGAGAAAGGAGAGAAUGGAUCACAUAUUACUAGAGACAACAGGACUGGCUGAUCCUGCACCUCUUGUCUCUAUUCUUUGGCUAGACGACCAGUUGGAAUCAUCAAUUAGACUAGACUCUAUCAUUACGGUUAUUGAUGCAAAAAACUUCAGGCUGCAAAUUGACGAGCACAAGAAGUCUUCAUCAUUCCCUGAAGCAUUUCAUCAAAUUGCAUUCGCGGAUGUUGUGAUAUUGAACAAAAUUGACUUAGUAGAAGACAAUGUUGAGGAUUUGGAAAGGCAGAUUCGUGAAGUCAACGCUCUUGUUACAUUGGUGCAGUCUGUCCGUUGCCAGGUUGACCUAAAUAAAAUAUUUGAUCAGCAAGCUUAUGGUGCCAAGAAUUCAUCGCAGCUGCAAGAACUUCUGGAGUACAGUAAAUCAGUACCACCUAAUCUCCGUCAUGAUAACAGUAUUUCUACCUUGUGCAUCUGUGAGCACGAUUCAGUUUCCUUGACUAAGGUGGAAUCAUGGCUCGAGGAUCUCCUUUGGGAAAAGAAGUCUGAUAUGGAUAUUUAUCGUUGUAAAGGAAUUUUACAUGUCCGUAAUUCGAAUCAAGUUCAUACCCUACAGGCAGUGAGGGAAGUUUAUGAAGUUCUGCCAGCUCGAGAAUGGUCUGAGACAGAAUCUCGCACAAACAAGAUCGUUGUAAUAGGCCGCAACUUGGAUAUCAAUAUCCUUCAAGAUUCAUUUAGUCGUUGCAAGCACUGAUAUUGAAUGAUUUGUUCAUCCUGUACUUGUACUCUCGGUGUAAUCCAAUACUGCAAUGAUCCAAUAAUGGUGAGCUUGGAUGGGUCACUCUGUGCCUGCCCGAAGUAAUGCGCUUCAUGUUUGUCUGAAUAUCUUCGGAGUCUAAGCAAUUCACAUUGCCGACUGCGGAGAUCAUGAGAAGAUAGUGGCAUUUUUCGCGGUAAGUUCUGCAUCGCGGAUGCAUUUAUGGCGUACCAUGUUGGACUUCGCAAAAGAAACAUUCUCCUAGUCACAACAAGUACUCCUUGCGGAAGAUUUUAGUUCAGAGUAGUAUGCGAACUGCCCAGCGACAUUUUUCUUUGUAAGAAACUGAUCGGCAACAUCUUUUUGUUUUGUAUAAGAAACUGGUUGUCAUGACAGAAAUUUGCCUGGGAGCUGAAAACUAUGGCAUAAACAUGAAUCUAGCUGAAUCUGAUUCUCGAUUUCAUGCCCGUGAGAUCAGCAGGUCUGCUGCUGGCAAGUUUGCAGCUUUCUUAUAACAGCUGAUCCACACAAAGUGCACCUACUUGAAGUUCUUCGUUUCUUACA